AUGCUUUAUUUUUAUUCGAACCGCGCUGCCAACGAAGUUGAAGUUACAGGUCUUCGACAAGACGACAUACUCUUGGAAGAUCUGCAGUAUCUUAGAUCCAAGGGUGUACUCCAAAAACAUAUGCGUUGGAUUUAUCACGUUGAUACUUCUAGGAUCGGGAGCGUUUUUGAGGACAUCACCCCAGGCGCCGGGGUAUGGAAGAUGACGGCUGCUAAAAUCUCUUACAAACCCAACAUCAUCGGACGGGACUUCUGUAGAGAGGGCCAUUGCACACAUCUUAGACAUCUAAGAGCCAAUGUCGAAUCUACGAGACAGUUCACCAAGGGACCUGGCGUAGCAGCAACAGGUCGUAAUGGUCUAUACGCACAGUCGAGCCGGGCUAGCCAGGGCAUGUUGUCCUAA